AGUUGGGUUUGUUGGGUUUUUAGAACGAGCAAAACGGAGGUUGAUCGUUGCGCUACAGCGAUUCAUUUUUGUUGCUUCAGUGAAAGUGAUGGUCAAACGCGACCUUCAAAAGGAGAAGCAGCUGGAGCUGGCCGCUAUCUGGGGUAGCGAGGUGCAGGGCGAUGCACGCUUCCCAAAGCGACGAGGCGCGGCGGCGAAAAAGGACAUCAGCACGGUAGAGGACAACAACGACGUGGAUCCCGAUGUGAUGUCCGACAACGGCAGUGAUGCGGGCAGUGCCGGUAGCGAAAUCAUCGGCUCCGCCAAGAAGGAGACGCGCAAAAAGGCGAAGAAGAAAAAUUCUACGGAAUACCGACUUCAUUGCUUUCUCGAGCCGGGUACGGAGGUGAACGCCGUUCGGACAGUUUUCGAGGCGUACGAGCCCAAAGUGGUCCUCCGGACUUCACAGAAAGGUAGUCUACUGAACAAAGCGCAAUUUGCCGUGCUCACGUUUCGCAACAAAGCGAUGGCGCUGCACGCCGUCAAGGUGCUGGACGGCACAAACCAGCGCGAUUCGCUCGGUGUGUCUCAAUUGAAGCUUAAUCUGAUGCUGACGCGUCAGCAAAGCAAAAUCGCUCGCAAGAAGUUCAACCGCAAGAUUCUCAAAGAUAAGCAAAAGAACAUGAUACAGGAGGAGCAGCAGGACUUGGAAUUUAUCCGCAGCUUUAUAAAGCAGCAGACGGCUCCCAAGAAAUCCAAGUAA